AAAAACUUCAUCGUAUAAAGCAAAGCAAACGUCGGAACCCAGCUGUUUCCUCUCUUCGAGAAAGUAACAGAGAAUCUACUAUUGCUCCUCCCUCUAUAAAGAAUACCAACCACCCAAGUAAAAACAACAACUGCCUUGCUCAUCAUAAAAACAAAACCCACCCUUUUAUCUUCUUUUAUCUUCUUUCCUUUCCUUCUCAAAUCAUAAAUCCUAUUCCAAUCAUCAUCAUUUAACGAUAAUAAUCUCCCUUUAAUUCUCUUUUUUUUUUUUUUGUUUCUUCUCUCUCCUCUAUGUCCUAGAAAAGAUAUAGAGGAAUUAUAAAUAAGGAAAAUAAUUAAAUCAUGGGCGGCAGUAGUGGUAGUAGUGGUUUUUUGUCGUCUAGAACCCUGUUUGGAUCACUUAUGGUUUUGGGAUUUAUCUUAGUUAUGUUAGUUGGGAGCCUGCAAAAUGAAGGAAACAAAACAAAGACGACAUUAACGUCGACUGAUGAUGAUCAGUUAUCAUCGACGUUGACGUCGACCUCAGGAAAGCUGCAGCAGGAGGAGCAAGUGAAGGUAUUAGGUAGAGCUGGAAAGUCGAGCGUGGUGCAUCCACCGCUAGAUCUCAACUACAUGAGCAAUAGAAGAGUUCCUAAUGGACCAGAUCCUAUUCACAACAGGCGAGCUGGCAAUUCGGGUCGACCGCCAGGACAAGCUUAAUUUGGCAUCAAAGUGCAAAAGAUGAUGACCACAAAGCCAGCAUAUAUAUCUGCCAUGCAUCUAUAUCUUGUAUGUAUUCUUUUGGAAGUGGGACUCUAAAUAUUGAAAAUAUUUUGAAUACCCAAUCAAGCCUGCAUGUAUGUUUUUAGUUUUCACUAACAAGAUUUGUUAUGGAGAGAGGUGCUGGUAGAAGAGUAAACAAAAAAUGGAAGCUUGCUUCAUACUACAAAAUAUGCUCAUCAAUUAAAAGCAUCCAGUGGAUAAAGAUAUUAAGCAUCUUUUGCUUAAAGACAAUAUUUUAUUACCUGGUAAAAUUAUUAUGAGAUAUCAAAGAAUGAAAAAAGACAGCAAGUUAAUAUCGGGAAGUGCACUGUUAAAGUCGUUCAGGGAUUAGCUUCGAUUAAAUAGCAUACCAGGAUCUAAGAAAAAAAAGAGUGCAAUAUAUGUGGAGUUCAAUCUUUGCAUAUAAAGCAUCAAAUAGAUGAAUUAAGGCUUAGCUCAGCACAAUUAUCUUUAAGAUAUGAUACUGUACUACAAGUAUGGGAUUCAAAUCUCAAUGCUUAUAAUAUCUAUUCCUGCCCCGAUACUAUGGUUUUUUGGAAUUAGGUAAAUAUGUUUCUUAUUACAACAUGAAUGUAUGAGAGGAAAUGUACCAAAAUCUAUCAUCAACCUGUCAAUCACUGGUUCUUCGGCUCUGGCUUUAGUUUGUUUGGUUUAUUCACUAUAGUUGCCAAAGAUUUGAAUUUUAUUCUAGAAAAGGUGGGCACUGGGGCAUGAGUUCCAAAACUAAAGUGAAUCCACCAAUUAAAGGUGUUAAGCUCCCAAAAGAAAAGUUGUUUUGCAUCUUUUUGUGUUAGUCUUUUUCUGUGGAUUCUUUAGGGACUGUUUUGGUCUUUGGGUCCAUUCAAACUUGUAGACAUGCAUGAGAU